UUGGCCAUCGCCACCGGACGGCGGAGGCCAUGGCCGACCCGAAGAAGCGGAAACGCCGAUCGCAGCCGAAAGAGGGCAAACUUCCUCAAAGCCACGUUAUGCUGAUUCCUUCCAUUGUUAGCUACUGGCACCAGCGCUAUUCCCUAUUCUCCCGCUUCGAUGACGGCGUCCUUAUGGACGAGGAGGGUUGGUACUCCGUGACCCCCGAAGCCAUCGCCGCUGCCCAUGCCGAAAGAGCUUCCGCCUACGUACACUGCGGGCGCUCCCUUGUCCUGGACGGAUUCGCUGGCGUCGGCGGCAACGCCAUCCAGUUCGCCUCAAGGGGUUGCCACGUUGUUGCUGUAGAUAUUGAUCCGCGAAAAGUUGAGUUUGCAGUCAACAAUGCGAAGAUUUAUGGGGUGGAUGAUAGAAUCGACUUUGUCAUCGGGGAUUUCUUUCAUCUCGCUCCAUUCUUGAAAGGGGACGUUUUGUUCCUAUCACCACCUUGGGGAGGGCCAUCAUAUCGACAUUUGGACAAUUACACACUUGAUUUUCUGAAGCCAAAAGAUGGGUACUCAAUCUUCCAGCAAGCACAACAAAUAACUCCAAACAUCAUUAUGUUUUUGCCUCGCAAUGUGGAUGUAAACCAAGUGGAAGAACUCUCUUGGUUGUCUAGUCCUCCCCUGAACUUUGAGUUAGAAGAAAAUCGUGUACAAUCUAAAGUCAAAGCAAUUACUGCCUACUUUGGUGAUAUAGCAUCUAGAUGACCGAGUUAGAUUCCUUUAGUGCUGCUGUAACAUCAGAGGGAGAUAUACUUCCACACUACAAAAAUGCAGAGGCUUGUGCUAUUUUUAAGUUCCUUACCAUAAUUAUCCAUGUAUUUCCAUUUUAAAUGACUACGAGCAGCUGUGCUCUCUGAGUUCCAAAGUUUCCACAAGCAAACAAUAGGUUGUGUCACCAAGAGCUGCCCAUUCUUGCUGGUUUUAUGUUUUGGUAAAAGCUAAAAUCCAACCAGCCAGUGGCACCGCACCUUAGAGCCCAUAGUAAUUCUUUCUGUUCAAUAUGGAAAAAGAAGUCCCUUCCUCUUGAUUUUUUGUUACUUUUGACAACCUUAACUUGAUUCAAAUCAUCUAAUGCCUGUUAGUGCUUAGUGCAUGUUCCUGUUAAUUGCUGUUGCUUUGUGUUCCAUCUGUGAGAAUUGCAUCUUUUAGUUUGUGCCAUUGGUUGAUUGAAGCAACCAAAGUGAGUUGAGGAAGGAUAAUGUAGAUAAGGAAAUAAUGUUAGCCAUCAAGUAAAUAUUUAAGUAAUAGUUCCUUGUUUUUGUUACACUUGCCGCAGAGCUAUUAUUACCUCAGCGUAUGACUCCUGAUCUGAAUCAAUCUAGGACGUCUCUUUUUUAAAUAUGAUUUUUGUGCCAAUUUGAGGAUGAAUGCAAUCUUUCACUAAUAACAUGGCAAAAGAAUAUUUGUUGACUAAUCCUCACCAAUGUGAGGCCACAUGAAGUUUAUAUGCAAUUUGGAGAUAUUGAACGGGCCUAAGUUGGUGGACCAGAUACAAGCUUUGACAGAGUCCAAGCAAAUUUUGUUUAGUUCUUAUCAAAUGUUGGGUCAUAGAUGGACCUAACUGGACCACAGUCAAUUAUUCAUACUCCAAGGAGCUUCAUAAAGAUCAGAAGCUGAGAAGAAUAAGACCAUUACUCACUAAUCACUAAAGACACUUCCAAGUAAAAGUUCAUAGACAAAGAGGGAGACUGAUUUACCUCCAGGAUUAGUCAGAUUGAAGCAAGAGUUGGAUAUUUGGAUUACCAAAAAAAAAAAAAAAAAAAAGAGAGAGAGAGAGAGUUGCUGAACAUUUCCUUUAGCUAGGUAGCUGCCAUUGUUAGAAAACAAGAUUGGAGUGGCUUCAAUUCAAUGUUGAUUUGCACUUUUCAAGUUCUUAUCCAAAACCUUUCACCUUUCACCUUUCACCUUUCAUUCAUAUUUUUUUACUGGAGUAUCUCUGCUCUUUGGAGAGAACAGAGUUCAUUUAGAAUUAUUAACUUUGCACUGGUGUUUAAUGUGUUGUUUUUCCGUCCACUCAGAGCUAAUCCAUAGAAAAGCUUACAAUAGCAAAAGUAAAUACAUGCUAAGAAAUGCCUAGAUGUCUGAAUCUAAAGUGCUUAGAUAAACAACACUAAAGUGUAUCUGCUCCCUUCAAUGACAUUUCAAGAUAGGAAAUGAGGAUUUUGCUUGGGCAUGCAAUAUUCAUAUGAUUCCAUGUGCUAUUUGGUUGUGGUCAUCAAUGAACUCUUUUUCUAGAGCCGUCAGUAGAGUGGCAUCUAGCAGUAGGACCCUCAAACAAAUAUAGGAUGAUCGUGUAGGUCAUUAGCUAACUUGUUUUAGUCCAUGUGGUACACAUUCAGUAGGCUAAACAUUAUGCCAACCAUCAAGUUCAAUGAAAGUUAAUCUUACUUGAAAAGAACUUGACCUAUCAGCAAGUUUGAAUUAUCUGCUGAGAUAUCAAUGAGAAAACUUUAUUUGGAUUAAAUAUAGAACUCACUCUGUAAGUUCAGAAUUUGAAUGCUUCCAUUUCAGCACACCUCUCUUCAUUAUUUUACUAAUUUAUUACUUUGUAGUGAUAAUUUUAGCCAUUCAUAAUUAGAAGUGAGACAAACCAAACCAGUACACUUCUAUACACUUGUAGCUGGUUUCAUAUUAAACCACUAUUUUACAUUUUUUAUAAUCUCCCUACCCACUACAGUCCAUAAAUGGGAUUCACAACAAAGGUGUAGUUAAAUCUCUCCUAUUAGAAUAUUAAACCAUCUUACUGAACUCACCAAAUCUUAAACCAUCCUAUUAGCAACUGUCGAACCAUGGAGGAGAGUAAUGUGUUGAAGCGAAAUCUGAAGAAGAGACUAUGGGGAGAAAGUGAGGUUGGUUUCAAUUUUGUGCACCAACAGAAGAGAAGAGGAAGGCCUAAGAAGAUAAUCAAGGGAGAUUUAGAGGAGAGUAAGGAUGAAGGAAUAGAGAAGGUAGAGAAGCCUGAGUUUGUAGGGGUUUCAUCAUGCGAAACAGAGGUGGCAAAAGAGGAAGGCAAUGGUGCUAAGAAAAAGAGGCACCGCCGCAAGAGCAUUCCUUGGAGGGCUCCGAGUUGAACAUAUGUAUAGGUCCCUAUUUCAAUCCUGUUUUCGCUUUCAUGUAAUGUUCUUAAAGCACUUCUGUUUCUUUGUACAUGUUACAAGAAUUAAUGCUUUAGUUGUUGAAAUAA